AUGUCUCCCGUUACGGUUCAAUGGCAGCGUGCAGUCGUCCUUCACGGUCCUAAGGACCUUCGUCUCGAAGAACGCGCGUUCUGGCCUCCACAUUACAACCAUGUGCAAGUAGCAGUACAGUCAACCGGAUUGUGCGGAAGUGACUUGCACUAUUAUCUAGAAGGUCGCAAUGGUGAUUUUGCACUCCAAGCACCUCUCGUCCUCGGCCAUGAAUCAGCAGGUGUGAUUACUGCUGUCGGUCCGGGUGUGAAAAAUCUAGUUAUUGGCCAACGCGUUGCAAUAGAGGCCGGCAUCAUGUGCAAACAGUGCAAUUAUUGCCAGGCUGGCCGUUACAAUCUGUGUAAGGGCAUGCGUUUUGCCAGUAGCGCAAAAACCUUCCCUCAUCUUGACGGGACCCUACAAGACCGGAUGAAUCAUCCGACGCACGUUAUUCAUCCACUCCCUGAUAACUGCAGCUUCGAACAAGCCGCCUUGGCUGAGCCGCUGUCAGUUUUGAUACACGCUGCUAGACGAGUCAACCUCGCUUCAGGUCAGCGUGUUCUCGUGUUCGGUGUGGGUACCAUUGGUAUCCUCGCUUGUGCACUAGCCAAUGCGUAUGGUGCCUCUCGGGUCGUUGCCAUUGACAUUAACCAGGCGCGACUGAACUUUGCGAAGUCGCACGGUUUCGCUUCACAAACGCACUGCUUGCCCAUGGUCGAUAAGGCUAAAACGACCGAUGAGCAGCUUCGACGUGCAAAAGACAAUGUCUCAACUGCAUUGUCUAAAUUCAACGAGCCUGAGGGCUUUGACGUCGUCUUCGAAUGUACGGGCGCUGAACCCUGCAUUCAGAUGUCGAUUCACGCUGCUGUUACGGGUGGCAAAGUCAUGCUGGUUGGAAUGGGGUCACAGAACGUCAUGCUUCCGCUCUCCGCGGCAGCCCUGCGUGAAGUAGACAUUCAAGGGUCCUUCCGUUACGCCAACACGUACCCUGAAGCUCUCAAGUUGCUUGGAUCGGGCAAACUCCGCAACGUCGAAAAACUUAUUACACACCGCAUUCCCCUGGAAGAUACUCCUCGAGCUUUUGAAUUAAUGGCUCGUGGCAAAGACGAGGAUGGAAACAUGGUUAUCAAGAUUGUAAUUGGGCCUUCAUCAUCAUGA